GUGGUGUCCACGACGAUGACCAGAGCGGGUGUUGGGUGCAGUCCCAGCAGACGGCUGAAGGUUGUAUCUCCCACACCUCCACGCAUCAGAUUUAUGUAAUACUCACUCGCCUGUAAGACGGGGGUAGUGAGCGUGAGCGUCAGUGCUGAUGGUGGCGGUAGCGGGUAGCGACCAGAACUCUCCGCAAUCACUCUGUGGGUGGUGACCAGCUAUAGAGUUGUGUUGCAACGCUAAGAACGUCAACAAGUCUUCAUGCUGCUCUGAAGUUCACGAGCAGCCUGGCAAAUCCAGCAGCGAUGAUUAAGUCUUAUUUUGUGGAGGCAGCUGUUAUAACGUUGCUGAUGGGCACUGCUGUGUUGGCUGAAGAAUUUAUGGUACAGGGUGUUGCUCGUAACCUGACCGUCCGUCAGGAAGGGGAGGAGGAGCUGGAGCAGUUAAUGGAUCUUCUGGCAAUCCAGUACUCACGCACGUGCCUAAUGGUGGAAGUGGGUGAUACAGGGUUCUUUGACAGUUACUGGGGAAAGCCCCGCAUCGUCAUCAACUCUAACAGCAGCCAAGCCAAGAGUACUGUCGAGUUCAUCAACGAGUACACUCAAAGGGUGACAACGCACGCGUGUGUGACGUAUUUGAUAAAACAUCUGCCGGGAACCGAGCUGUUUUCUGUCAUCACUGAUGUCUCUAAAAAACAAACGAGUCGCUAUUUCAUUGCCCAUGCUACCAGCGUCUUAAAAGCUCACGAAUUUCUCUUGGACGUCCGUUUAAGCAAGGAAGAACACGUGGCAGCCCUGGUGAAGGAGGAGGACCACAGAGGAUCAUUUUGGCAAGUGCUCACUCGCCAACUACUUCAUCCAUCAGGCUCACCGCACGUCCUGCACGCGAACGAGUGGUCGAAAGAUAAAGGUUUCUACAACACAGACGAACUUUUUCCUGAGCAGAUGGGUAACUUUUAUGGGAUGAAGCUCAUUGGCGUUACUCUCGACUUCCGGCCCUUCACAGAUUGGAAAAUUCCUGGCUCCAGGAGGGUAAAUCCCAAGCCAUCGCUCGACGUCUUCAUCCUGAACGAAAUCGCAAAAAGACUUAAUUUCACAUACGACUUAAUCAUGCCGGAAGAUGGCCUCUGGGGUGUCCUCAAAGACAACGGACACUGGGUUGGUGUGGUCGGGGAUGUGGAGUUCGGGCGAGCCAACUUCUCAUUGGUGUUGUCGGUGACACUGGAGCGACGGAUGAGCGUGGACUUCACCCGCAGCUACUACCUCGACCCUCUCACCUUCGUUACCGCCAAAAAGCGUCCCCAGCCGCCCUGGCUCAAGCUCAUCACCCCCUUCAGUGGACAGGUGUGGGUGGCAUCACUGAUGUCUGUGGUGGUGGCCACGGUGCUCUACCACUUCGUCUUCAGAACACAGGGCACCUUCGGUUUCACUACGCUGACUCCCUCCGGAGCCUUUAUAUACGUUUUCGGUUCCUUCCUCAGUCAACCGCUUCCCAGUAUGCCUUGGUUUUCUGCUGGUAAGGUUUUACUGGGCUUCUGGCUAGUGUACGCCUUCCUGCUGACCACCUACUACAAGACCUCGCUGACGGCGGCCCUGGCGGUGCCUUCGACUCCCCCCACCAUCGACACACUCGACCAGCUCCUCCACUCGGAUCUCAAGUUCGGCAUGAUCGACGCAAAGGGUUCGCAGUACCAUCUUCUCCAUGUCCAACGUCUCGUCACAGAAAUCUUUAACGUAUGGGCUUCAACUUUUCCUCGGAGGAACGGGUGGGGGUCCAAGGUACCUUAUUACUUCUUUGUACUCAGAGAUCAUCAGCACGUUACUCUCAAUGGCCGAGACUCUUAUCACUUUGCCACCGAAGAGUUUUUUCCUGGAGGAUACGGUUGGGCGUUCCCCAAGGGAGCUCUUUACCGGAGAACAUUUGACAACAUCAUGUGGCGAUGCGUCCAGGCUGGCCUGAUAAACAAGUGGCUGAAGGACUUGUAUGCUGUAUACCUGGAAGAGAACAUGGAGCAGCAGACGCCGGAGGAGAGGAAGCAGCUGGAAGCUGUUGCCCAGGCCCCGCGAGAUAAUGACGGUCGGGUGGUGCUGAGUUUGAACCAUCUACAGGGACCCUUCCUCAUCCUGCUCUUGGGAAGUGCCUUGGGGGUUCUUUUCCUCCUCUCAGAGUGUGUCAUCGACAGAUUCCUUUGCACAGUAACCUUCAGCCAAGUUGUCCCACAACCUCUCAAGACACCAAUACUCAGUAAACCAGAGCUUCAUCGCACGUCUUCAUUGUAAUUUACGAGUGAACACUGAUAUCAUCAGGAGAAUUGUUAGAAACGCCCCCCCCCCAAAAAAGUUUAUUGUUUAUCCUGUCAGCAGUGUAGCAUUUUGUGUAUCCUAGAUAAUGACGGGCAAUCGGUUAAAAAAAGUAGCUAAUAAACUUUCGACCUCUGUCAAAGAUUUAAUAUAAAGCCAAGAAAAAUGACAACAGUCUUUAGUGAGGGAAUUUGUACCAUAGCUUGUGGAUUGUGCAAUAAGAAAUAGGUAGGCAAACAGCAAAAAUCUCCAGAGUACGUAAACACGCAUGAGUGUAACCGCGAUGACUUAAUGUUUGUGUCUAACACAAGAACGUAAAUGGAAGAAUUAGAGAAGACAAGUUAUUUGUCGCCCCCCCCCCAAGAAAAAAAAAAUUGCCAGCAUAAGUGUUUAGAGGCUGCCCUGACAACAGUCACC